GCAGAGGGGCUGUAGCGACUUGAAAGGGACCAUCGCAUACCAUGAGGGACUGACCUGCCGCACAGUGCCGAUAUUUUCAGAGGUCCUCGUCUCGUCUUUUUUCCUCAGUAAUGAGAGUCUGGAUGACUGCAAAGCGCCCCCCUAAACGACACACUGCCGAGGACGCGAUUUUUGAGGUGUAGUUGUAUUAAUGGAAUAAAGGCAGUUUAUACAGCAGCAAUGUCUGGAAAAUCAGAUGGGAAAAAGAAGUGGGCGGCGGUCAGGGAUCGCCUGGGUUCCUCGCAGGAUUCUGACACUCAGCAGGAAGCCAACCUGGAGAAUUCUGAUCCAGAGCUGUGCAUCAGACUGCUCCAAGUCCCCACUGUCGUCAACUACUCUGGGCUGAAGCGCCGCCUGGAAGGCAGCGAUCAGACAUGGAUGGUGCAGUUCCUGGAGUUAAGCGGGCUGGAUCUCCUCCUGGAGGCCCUGGACCGUCUCUCCGGGCGCGGAUGCUCUCGCAUUGCAGAUGCUCUCCUGCAGCUCACCUGCGUCAGCUGCGUCCGAGCAGUGAUGAACUCGGCAGCGGGGAUUCACUUCAUCAUAGAAAACGAGGGAUACAUUCGGAAGCUCUCCCAAGCGUUGGACACCUCCAACACCAUGGUGAAGAAGCAGGUGUUUGAGCUUCUUGCAGCCCUCAGCAUGUUCUCUCUGGACGGUCAUCGGCUGGCACUUGACUCCCUGGACCAUUACAAGGGCGUAAAGACGCAGCAGUAUCGCUUCAGCGUGAUUAUGAACGAGCUCCAGGCCACAGAUAACGUCCCUUACAUGGUCACGCUCCUCAGUGUCAUCAACGCUCUCAUCUUCGGGACAGAGGACCUCAGGCAGCGGGAUAGGAUGAGAAAGGAGUUCAUCGGGCUUCAGUUACUUGAUGUUCUGCCAAAGCUGAGGUGA